GCUAAUUGCGAGCAACAACAUCAAAUACACGUGCUGCCUUCAUCGCUGAUGCAUCUCCUGUAACUCGUCCUGUAAGUCGCAACUUGGCCUUAGGCCUUCUGAGGCGCGAGCGAACGGCCCCUGACAAAUGGAGGAAGCCGAGAAGCUGCAAUCGAAACUGAGGGAUAUAGAAGCUGAAAGAAGCCAGGUGUUUCAGAGAGCGGAGUCGGCCGAGGAUGCCGAGGACAAGCGCAUUCUGCAGAAUAAGGAGCUGCUGCUACUUGAGAAGGAAGUCAUUCUACGGAAAGAGUUGCUCCUGCUCCGCGAGAAGCUGACUGGCUCGCUGCCGCCGGCUGCAACUGGGGUGGAUAUGGCGACUAUGCGCCAAGUCGCGCGUGACACGGCUCUGGCAGUGCUGGAGGCACAGACGGCUCCCCGCAAGCCCAAGUCCUUCUCAAGCGUCGGCAACACGGAGGCGUUCCAAUUCCUUGGCGACCUGAAUUUGAUGGAGGUCGUUGGCAACGCUGUAUUUGAGGAGGAGCUGCAGCUACCUGACGGCACGCCCACCUGCAUCGGCUUUGACAUAUCUGGCUACGAAACCGAGGACGCGGCCACGGGACCGCUGCUUGCGCACCAUAAGGAGCAGCUGAAGCUCCUGGGUGUUCGGUUUGGCCGGGCGGCCUUCAACAUCUACGACGUCCACAGCCUCAAACAUGCCUCACUGCUAAUUCAACACGGCAACAAGGCCUUCAGGGGGAUCUUCGACGGUUGCAUAGCACCUUACGGCCUGGCGCUCACCUCUUCCUUGAUGCAAUGCCGCAUUGUUUAUGAGCACAACAUGCCGGAGGCGCUCUACGCACGUAAGGGCCAGGCGAUUCUUAAGCUGCUGGCCGCGUGCGCCUAUGGGCCGUGCCCUGUGCUGCUGGACCUGACGGACGGCAUGAAGCACACCGUGUACACCAUACGCGGCCUGGAGCUCAUCGCGUGGACUGAGCUGACCCCAACACAGGCGUACUACCUGCAGGCGCGGCACCUUAUGUCUGAUAGCUCUCGUACUGUGCGGGCGCUGACGCUUGAGCAAAUUCCGGAGGAGGAGCAGGCGUGGAUGCGCCCCUUGCACCAGCUGCGCCCGGAGUCGGGGCUGCGCGAGCAGCUCGAGUCGGUCAUUCCGUUCCUGCCGCCGGACGAGCGCAUGCCCGCGGCGCUGGAGCUCAUACACGCGUGGGCACAGCAGGCGCAGUAGCCGGCGCCGCCAAUGCAACUCCCCGCCAGCGUCCGGGCCUUCUACGAGUGAACUGGGGCAUCACCGCUGCCGCACCGUCAAUUGCGCUCCUCUGUCCACGGUCCGCUUCUGUUCGUCCUGCGGACCGCGGACCUGCAGCUGGUGUCAAGGAGGGGCCUCGGAGGCUGCCGUCGGCUGUGACGGCGCCAGCUGGCGCAGCUGAGCGAGGUGCCGGCGACAGUGGCAGUGCACAACGUGGUGGAGAACGAGUAAGGGUCCAGGAGGGCCAUGUGCACGGGCUGGGGCUGGGGCUGGGGCGGCUGGGAAGGCAAUAUUUGGCAGUGAACCGGCGAGGCAAGUGGGUGCUGUCGUUGAAGAGGAGAGGUUGAGAAGGCACGCGGGCGGCUGGCAGCGGUUUACGGCAAGGACUACCACGUAUGACCGCGAGCAGCUCGCUGCAGGACGCGGACCCGCAGCUAGCUGCUGCUGUUGCCCGAACGAGCAGUUAUUGUGCGUGGUCCAGCAUGGGCAAGUCGAGAGAGCGCGUCUGCGGCGCGAUGGUGGUAAUGAUGAUGGGGAUGGUUCCCCUGCUGGGCUGCUGAGGCCUGCAGGGAGUGCUAGUUGCGCCAAUACAUGUGGGCUGCAAGCUUGAUGCAGCGACAAGGCUCGGGGGGAUACUGGGCCG